AUGGCAACAACCCAAUUAGAAUUGCUCCAAUAACUCUACGAUCUAAGAAACGAAUUCAACGAGCAAUUGAAGAAGGUCCAAGCUGCUCCAGAAAAUCAAGGAGAAGUAGCAACAUUGCAAGAUCAAAAUAGAAGAUAUGCUUAUAGAAUAGGCCACCUGACCAAGGCUGUUGACGAGUUGAUUCAAUCAGAAAAUCAUUUACGCACAGAAAAUGCUUAAUUAAAAGCCAGAAUAUCUGAGUUAGAAAAGAAAUGAAUAACAUCAAAUAUAUAUUUUAAAAUAGAUCUUUGAUUUUAAAUAA